AUGGCAAACUACACAUGGUCGUUUGACCCCAUCCCUUCCGCGUUUCCGCAAUUCGCUGUCCCUAAUGUCGCACUAUGGAAUGUAACGAACGGUGUUGAUCUAAACUACCAGAUUCAAUUGUCGUGGCCUUUGGAUUGGGCAUCACGCGAUGUGAACAACGUCACCGCACUGCCUAUGUACGUCUUAGAUGGCAACGCCCUCGGGAUGAGUGCAACCGAAGCCUGGCGGCGCCGCGACGCCGUCGAGCUCGCGCAACCGGACUACGUUGUCGUCAGCAUUGGGUAUCCCAUCACCGGCUCCGUCUACGGAGCGCAGCGCAGCAUUGACUUCCAACCCAUGACACCCGGAGAAGACCCACCGGCUGUCCCCGGCGUGCGUGAGGGUUCCGACGACUUCAUUUACUUUCUCGAACACACCCUGAAGCCUUUUGUGGCAGGCCAGUUUCCCAACGUGUCGCUCGGUAGAGAGGCGCUUUACGGACACUCAUGGGCGGGUAUGUUUGUCAUUUAUGCGCUCCUGACGAGACCAGAUCUGUUCGAUACGUUCUUUUCCAGCAGUCCUGCAUUGUAUUGGAAUGACAAGUACUUGCUCAAUCACACGUACUGGCUGAAUGAAAUUGAAGUGCCUGCCGAAGAGGCUGAGAAGCCUGCUUUCCGUCUUGCAUAUGGCGAUCUGGAGCAAUAUCCUGUCAGGCGGAGAACGGAGACCGACGAGCAGUGGGAGUUCCGAGAGAGCUUGUUUGCCACGUUUGCCAUGGCGGACAACUGCAAUGCGCUAUACGAAAGCCUGAAGGGGAACGAAAGAUUAAGAAAUGUGGUGCUCAAGGAAUACCAAGGGAGCGAUCAUGCGUCUGUAGCUGCUGUGGCGUUGGCCGAUGGGAUUGAUUACUUUGUGGAUUGGUGA